CGCAUCGAUGUUUUCAUUACGGCGGAAUUGUGAGGCAGGCACAUAGUUUACAUUCAGGUUAACGUUAAAAUUAUGUUUAUGUCAGGUGAAUUAAGUUAACAGACACAUCUCUCCGAACUCUUUCAAGUCGAGUCUGCUCGUUCAGCUCGGUCUGAAGUAGCUGAGCAUUGGUGAGUCGAGAUGAAGCCGCCCCCUCGUACACGAACUAAACCGAAUCGCAGUCUGAAACAUGAGUCGGUACCGCGGCGUUCACGUAAACCGGCUUUUAAGUGGCAGCGAGUGGAACAGAGGAAGCUACUGAAUGCCCUGAGAAGACUCGGCAGGACCGGAGGCACCCUGGACAUGGACUAUGCUUCCCUGAGGAAAUAUGUGUUUACUCGGUCCAUUUCAGAGGUUCAGUCUUUGGUGGAAUCUCUGAAGAACAAAGUGAUCUCAUGUGCCAGCUUCGCACUGAGGCAGAAGAGAUGUGAGGAGGAGAAGGUCAGAAAGCCCAUCGAGGUGUGGACACACAUUGCUUCUACUGUGGCUGGAGCCCAUGAAGAAGCCAUUUGCACCGCCUUCUCCCAGAUGCUGAUAGUCUCGUCCACAGAGCCGUGCACCCUGAGGAACUGUGACCCUCCACAGGACCACAGACCACCCACAGACAGGCCUGUUGGUCGCACCGUGCCUUUGAGACCAAUGCCUUGUUCACCAGUCCAAGGUGAUCGUCCUGGCAUCAACAUAGUCCAUCCUUUCCAGGUAUUUAAGACUCCAGCACCGACCUUUGGCCCAGUGGUUAGACAACCAAACAGUGCGAUCCUUCCACCCCAGCAAAAGCAUUCUACCACAGCUGGAACCUCACCUGCUGUCUCCUCCACCCCUCAGUCUGCUGCCACCUCCUGCCAGCCAGGUGCAGCAAAAAUACCAGUUGCGCCUUCUACAUCCCAACAACCUGCCUCACAGACUGCGACCCCGGUUUCAGGACAAGCCACAUCCAGUUCUAGUUCUGCAGCAGCGGUAAAGACUGCGAGUGUUGGCAGCUCUGUAAUCCAGACUACACAGCAGCCCUUAGAGCAACACCCCACCACCAUCUCUACCACAUCUAUUUCAAAUUCCACUUCAUACAGUCCUCACUUGCCAUUCUGCUCCUCUGCCACCAGUCUCACUCGAGUAACUGCACCAUCCAUUGCCUUUUCCAGUUUAGCUACUAACGGCUGCUCCUCCAGCUGCUCCGUUCCCCCCCUAUCCACAUCCGCUGCAGCAUUUCAUGCCAAGUUUGGUCGCACCAGCAAACACGCCACAAAAGACAGUCCCAGGAUGUACGGCCUCAAAUGUGUAGUGGACUUUGAGAGGAUCUAUCGCUACCUGAGUGCCAUACACAAUCCAAAUGAGGAGUGUCAUCUCACCCCCAUGGAGAGUGCUAUUGUGUUGGAUCUGUUGAUGUCUCUCCCAGAGGAACUUCCCAAGCUGGACUGCAAUAAACUGCACAAACAUCUGAUCCAGGUGCACCAAUGUCUCUCAUCCCCUGCUGACUCCAAGACUGCAAGAAACAUGUUAAAAGACCUGAAGGAUGGACUCUGUGAUCAGACAGGGGCACUGAUCGGUCGAGACAGCGACACAAAAAACAGUCAGCAGAACACCACUCUGACCACUGACAGUAGUGAGGUCACAGAAAGCGGAGGGAAGAAGCUGCAGCCAAACAAGGCUGAGAGCCAAUCAUCAAGGAAUAGUAACACAUCCAGCCAAUCAGUGGGAGAUGCAGACAUGAUGGGAUUGUGCCCUCCCUUGCUCAACCCUUUUAUGGUGCCCAUGAAACUGUUGAAGCUCAGAUAAGACACAGAGUUCAACAUUGAUAAAACAAAUGUGCAAUGGUUUGUAAAACGUCUCAAUCCUGAUUGUGUUAUCUCACAGUAGAGAUACUGUAUGUGUAUUUAUUUUACUGGGAAACAGAAACCUACGGGACAUCUACACAGUGUAAUCUCACAGUAGGGAUACUGUAGAGAUCAUUCAUUAUAACUACUUUAUAUACUAAACAAAGAUACUUUUACGGGUAAAAAGAACUUGCAGCUGUGGUUGCCAGAACUUUACAAUAAUAAAUACGGUAAAGGGAUACAAUUACGGUGCGGUACUGUUGAGUUUUAAUCCAUAUUUUACUUAGAAAUAAAAGUUUUUACCAUCUAAAGAAACGGUUUUGCCAUAUCAAAUAAAAAACAUGAAUGCUACGACAA